UGAAUUCUAAUUCAAACACCGCAGAUUGUGAUACUUUUUGAAAACUUUUUGGCGUGACGAGUAAAGUUUUCCCAGUUUGCUGUUUGACCUCAAAUGGGUUCUCGAGGCAUUCGCAAAGCUGUACUUCGAACCGGCGAACGGCGAGCCUUUAGAAUUCUUCAAAGAUGAUUUUGGAAAUCGCCCUAGUUUGCUCCUGUGUUAUGCUCAUCAUAUUCCUGAUCCAACGUGCUCGUGGACAGAAAGCGUUAUCUCUCGCACCUGGCCCCAGUCCCUACCCGCUGAUCGGCAACAUGCUUCGUCUGGCGGGAAAACCUGGUCACCAGGCAAUGACUGAGCUCGCUGAGGAGUAUGGGAAAAUCUUCACGCUCUACCUACCCGGCGGUCAGCGAUGUGUCGUAAUUAAUUCAAUAGAUCUGGCGCGGGAGGCGCUGCUCACCAAGCGAGACGAUUUUUCAGGAAGGCCUUCAACCUUCAUCAGCGGUUAUCUGUCUCGCGGAGGCAAAGACAUAAUUUGCGCCGACUUCACGCAAACCAUGAUUCUUCUACGAAAGAUCGCACACUCUGCACUGCGCAUGUACGGAAGUGGCUUGCAGCACCUGGAGGGGCUGAUCUGUAGCGAAGUUAGCCAAUUAGCGAAACGAAUCUCCGCGCACGAAGGCGAACCUCUUGACCCCAAGAACGACCUUCAACUAACAGUUUUGAACGUCAUCUGCGCUGUUGUUUAUGGUGAAAGCUAUGAUAUCGAAGACGAAGAAUUUCAGCGCAUAAUCGAGUACAAUGAUGAUUUUAUCAGGCUAUUUGGAAGCUAUCACAUUUUAGACUUGCUUCCGUGGCUGCGAUUUCUCCCCUUGGAAGACGUGAAAACUCUCCGCAAAUCAAGAGCCAUCAGAGAUGACAUCCUGGGUACUAAAUACCGGGAGCACAAGAAGAGAUUCGAAGAGGAUAACGCGAACAAUAACUUCGAGAUGGAGGAUUUGACCGAUGCGCUGUUGAAGGCUUACCACGAAGCCAAGGAAGAAGAUGGAAAAGUCGAGCAGCUGUUGACUGAAGAUCACAUUGUGAUGACUAUGAACGAUGUUUUUAAUGCUGGCCUCGAGACAACGGCCACCACCCUGCGAUGGCUUUUUGCCUACAUGGCCCACUACCCAGAGGUCCAAGCGCGCCUUCAUGCUGAGCUGGAUGAUGUCAUCGGCUGUGGCCGCAUGCCGUGCUUGAAAGAUCGCGGGAACUUGCCAUAUUUGGAGUCCACCAUUGCCGAGGUCCUCCGCAUUGCAGCCACCGUGCCUCUGUCGCUUCCUCAUAAAGCAACUUGCGACACGACACUUGGAGGCUAUGAUGUGCCAAAGGACACCAUGCUGAUUACAAACGUGUGGGCUAUGCAUCACGACAAAGACGAAUGGGAGAAGCCAGAAGUGUUUAACCCCGAGAGGUUCUUGGACAAAGAAGGGAAAUUUGGCAGCUCAGAAAGAAAAGUUUCUGCCGCUGGAGUUCGUAGCUAUCUGCCUUUCAGCGCUGGAAGGCGUGGUUGCCUGGGCGAGUCGCUGGCUAAGACCGAGAUGUUUUUAAUCGUUUCCAGGUUCCUACAUCAAUUCAAAAUUGAAAAUCCUCCUGAUAAACCGCUUCCUGAUCUGACAGGCCGUGUGGGCGUUGUUUUAAUGCCUGGACCCUUCGAAGUUUGCAUCAAAGAGAGAUUUUAAACAAGGAACAUAAACAAUGUAGAUAGCUUUUUUCGAGAACUGAUUUUCUUUUUAUCAGGACAGAGAAUAAUAUACUGAAUAAAUUGAAUCCUAACCCAUAUCCUGGAAACUAACUGAAGGAAAUGAUCAUAACAAGGGACAAUAUAUUAGUAUUUAACAGAUUUCAACAGUAACUCGAUAAGAAAAAUAAAUUCGAAAAACCCACCCUCUGAAUUAAAAUGGAAUAGUUCGCCACUGAUACCUCAAAUAUUGAUCGUUUUUCGUUUCAAAUGAAGUACGUAGUCCUAGGUCAAAAAGGAAUUGAACUUAGAUGAAAUCGAUCCUCCAUGAGGAGCAAGACGUAGUUCACAUUUUGGGAAUCAUAGCUCCGUUUUAAAUUCAUUUUUUCUGUAAAUCUUUUAAUUGAAACGCAAAGCUUAGGUUAAAACAAAUUUUAAAACAUUUGAGCGGAUCUGUUAAAAUUAAAUGCAUUGUAUAUACGCUAUCAAACACUUGUAUAUCUCCAAUCAAAAGGUCGCAGUAAAAUCCCUGACAUUUUGAAGCUUUUAGGGUACCGUGAAGUAGACUCAAAUGAAUUCAGUUUAUACGCUUAAAAUACAGUUUAUGAAUAUGUAUUUUAUAUUUACAACUGUACAGUAACAGAAAACGCUGCUGAGAUAUACGAAUGUUAUUUAGUCAUAAUAUUAGUUCAUAAAAGUAAACAAAAAAAACAAACAAACAAAACAGUUCCAAUAGUUCAUAUCAAUAAAAACUAUUCUUGUGAAACUAUCUA